UACGCUCGGCUCUGACGUCAUUCCAAGCUUCCGGGGUGAACAGAAGGCAGCAGAACAGAUCAGUACUGCCUUGUAAGGUCGUGAAAGCACAUCGGCGGAGAAAGACGCGGGCAAGACGCUAAUAAGUCAGUCUUAUUAUUUGUUCUUCAGUUUGAAAUAUUUACGGCGUAUAGAAUACAUAUUUGAUUCUUUAUUUAAGGAUAAAGUCGUCUCGAUGCGCUAGAAGCACUGUGCCGCUUCUCGUGCUAUCUUUGCUUGUUAAUGACCUUAGAUCGCUAGUUAGCUUAGCUUGUUAGCUGCUAACAGAAGACACAGAAGUUAUCAACACAUCGCUAAGUAGAGAUCAAGUGUGAGAGUAAAGUGUUGUGAUUGUGUGAAAAUGUGCGAAAGAACGAUAGCAAAGUAUGAGGAGGAACUUUGUCCAACAAAAGAGGAGAAGGAGCGACAACAUCAACUACCGGAUGUUUAUUUUAAGAAACAUCAUCAAGUUGUGUUACACAGAACAGACCUCGAUGAAGAACAUCUUCCUCAUGAGCAGGAGGAGGAACCAUAUUCCCCCCACAUACACAAGGAAGAAGAGGUACCACAUUUCCAACACAUCAAAGAGAGAGGAGCGGAGCAACAGCCCCCCCACAUUAAAGAGGAAGACGAGAUGCCACAGACCCAUAAUGUUAAACUGACCCUUCACAUGAAAGUGCAAGUGGAGGACCCACUGAUCUUACACAUACAAAAAGAAGAGGAGGACCCAUUGACCCAUCACUUUAAGGAGCAAGAGAACACGCUGACCCCUCUCAUUAAAAAGGAAGAGGUGGACCCACUGACCCUCUACUUUAAAGAGGAAGAGGAGGACCAAGAGCCACCGCACAUUAAAGAGGAAGAGGAGGAACACUGCAUCAGUCAGCCUAAAUGGUUGGAGGAGUUCUCAGUGACUAGUGUCCCUGUGAAGAGUGAAGAUGAUGAGGUCAAAGGUGAAAGUGAGGAGAGGGGAGGGGGGGAGCCUCCAAGCAGCAGCUCAACACAACACAUGACAACAGAAGCUGAUGGAGACCACUGUGGAGGAUCACAAGCAGACAAGCUCUUAGCUCCACUAUCAGAUAGUGAGGACACAACGUCACACUCUCCUGACACUGAUGAUGAAGACUCUAAAGAUGAUAAGACAUGUCACACUGACAACACUCACUUCACAUGUUCUCUCUGUGACAAAACCUUUAAAUACCAUAGUCUUUUGAAAAGACACAUGAGAAUACACACCGGAGAAAAACCUUUUAUCUGUUCAAUAUGUGGUAAAGGUUUUGUAGAAAGUCACAAUUUGAAAGUACACAUAAGAAUACACACUGGUGAAAAACCUUUUAUCUGUUCAAUCUGUGGUAAACGUUUUGUGCUAAGUCACACUUUGAAAGUGCACAUGAGAAGACACACUGGUGAAAAAACGUUUUCCUGUUCAACCUGUGGUAAAGGUUUUACACAAAGUCACGAUUUGAAAGUCCACAUGAGAAGACACACUAGUCAAAAAACGUUUUUUUGUUCAAUCUGUAGUAAAGGUUUUGUACAAAGAAACCAUUUGGAAGUACACAAAAGAACACACACUGGUGAAAAACAUUUUUCCUGUUCAAUCUGUGGUAAAGGUUUUGGAGAAAGUCACAGUUUGACAAGACACAUGAGAACACACACUGGUGAAAAAUCACAUUCCUGUUCAAUCUGCAACAGAAGCUUUUGUGACCGAUCAAACCUUGUAGCACACAUGAGAAGACACACAGGAGAGAAAGUGUUGAGUUGCAGUGUGUGUGGUGAAAGAUUCUCUUAUAAGUACCAGUGUAAGAAACACAAGUGUGCUGGUGAGAACAGCAGCAGCAAAUGAAACUGCAGGAUUUAAAAUAAACUGUCAAGACUUUGAUUUUGACUUUCUCACAACAUCAGCGAAUACAGUAUGACAUGUGUGACAUUGUUGAUUGUGUAACAAUCUUUUUAAUUUGCUUAUGCAUUUAUAGAUGAAAUAGUUUGGAAUAUGGAAAUAUUACAUAUUCGUAUUUCUAAUUGUAAUAAUCUCAUAGAUUAGCCCCUAUUUAUGAUAUAAAUAUAUACUUGUUCACAUCUGAAACAUCUUCUGGACCACUUUAGGAAGCACAUUAUUAUUUACAUUAUAUAUCAUUUGAACAGUUGUCUUUUAUACAAUUUUAAAAUGUUAAAUUUUAUAAAUCAUUUGUUGGGUCUCUAUAAUGCAUUUUAUUAAUUAUCUUUAUUACUCUCUUUUGUAAUUUGAUGAUUGUGUUGUGAUUGUUUUGUAUGUGUGACCCAAGACUUUUAUGCAAUACAAAAAAAAAUAGAUGAAAUGGCUGAAUUGUUAGCAUCGAUUAGCAUAGCAUGUUAGCAUCGAUUAGCUGGCAGUCACGCCGCAACCAAAUAUGUCUGAUUAGCACAUAAGUCAGCAUCAACAAAACUCACCUUUGUGAUGUUGUUAACUUUAUCGUUGCAAAUGCAUCUGCAGGUUAUCCAUACAUCUCUGUGCCAUGUCUGUCAUCGCCGGUCAAAUGUGCAGACACUUUGGCACAUUCAAUGGGGGUCUGGCGGCAGACACUUUCGCAUCUUCGGGCCAGUGGUGCAACUUGAAUCCCUCCCUGUUAGUGUUGUUACACCCUCCGACAACACACUAAGGAGGCAUGAUGUCUCCAAGGUUCCAAAAAAUAGUCGAAAAAACUGAAAAUAACAGAGCUGAGACCCGGUGUUUGUAAUGUGUUGAAAAUGAAAAUGGCGGCUGUAUUACUUCGGAGACGUCACGUUCUGACGUCAUCACCACAUGAGCGAUAAACAGAAAGGUGUUUAAUUCGCCAAAAUUCACCUAUUUAGAGUUCGGAUAUCGGUUAAAAAAAUAGAUGGUCUUUUUUCUGCACCAUCAAGGUAUAUAUUGACGCUUACAUAGGUCUGGUGAUAAUGCUCCCCCUUAACAACUGUUGUUUUGUCAGAGCUUGGUAUUUUAAUAAUCGCACGUUUGAAAGGCUGUUUCUAUAGGCCUCCUAGUGCUGAUGCUCUGUAUCUGAAAGAGUUACGUGAGAUGUUUGACAGGAUAUCAGAUGAGAAUAGAGAAAUCAAUUUACUGGGUGAUAUGACUGUUGACUGGCUGGGACAGGGGUGUACAAACAAAAAUAAUUUACUAUCCAUUUUAAAUGCUUGCAAUUGUCAUGAUCUGUGGUGUAGAUCAUGUUUUGUUUAGUUAUGUUCUGUUAGUUUUGGACUCCAUUAGUUCCUGUUUUUGUGCACCUUUGUUUGUUGUUUGUUUUACUUACCAUGGCCACCAAUUAGUUUCACCUGUCUCGUGGGUUAGGUACGCACCUGCUCUGAUCAAGAGACUUUUAUUUAAGCUUGUCUUUGCCAGUUAGUCGGCAUGGUUUCAUUGUUUGCGUCACACCUUUUCCAAGUAAGUUUUUGUUCCAUGCCAUAGCCUAUGCUAAGUCUAAGAUGUACGUUUGUUAGGCACGCUUGCCUUUUUGUUGUUUGCUGUAUGCUGUGGACUGCCUGUAUUUUGGUAGUUGGGUGAUUCAUAUUAAAUAAAUCUAAUCCUGCUUUCAAGCCUUCGUCCGGAGUUGUCAGUCUUGCAUUCCUUGGAGAACAAUCCUCGCAUAAAGAUGCGACCACGCCGUGACAGCAAUCUAUCCCAAAUUGUUGCCCCUCCCACGAGAAUAGGUGUAAGUAGUGAUGGUAUUAUUUUAGCUACAUGCAUUGAUCAUAUUUAUACAAAUGUUCGUGACCAAUGCUCCAAAGCAGUCUCGGUUUCUGUUGGUUUUACUGACCACAAUACAAUAGCAGUCACUAGAAAGACAAAGGUUCCUAAACCUAAAGCAAACAUUAUUUUUACAAGGUCUUAUAAUAGAUUUGAUGAUGAGUGUUUUUUUGAUAAAAUAUCCUGUUUAAAUUGGACCAAGGUGUGCAGUGAGGAAGACCCUGAGGCUGCACUGGAUUUAUUUAUGUUAAUGUACAUGAGUGUUGUGGACAAGCAUGCCCAUUUGAAAAAGUUUUCAGUCAAAACUAAGUCUGCCCCAUGGAUUGAUAAUGGACUUAGGAGUUUAAUGACAGAAAGAGACAUGGCUAAGAAAGCCUCAGUCAACUCAGGUUUAAUUGAUGACAGGCAUGAGUACUGUUCCUUAAGAAACCAGCUCACAGAGUUAAACUGAAAAAAAAGGGAAUAUUACAAACAGAGAUUAUAUGAUGUGAAAUAUGAUAGCAAAAACCUAUGAAAUGUUUUGAAUGAAUUCAAGGGUAGAAAGAACAAUGUCUACACCUUUUGUGGAAUCAAAUGGGUUGGUACUCACUAAGCCAUGUGACAUUGCAAAUCAUUUUAAUAACUAUUAUGAUGACAAGGUAUCUCAAUUAAGGCAUUGUAUGCAUAUAUCCAGUAACAACAAAUCAGCUGACCUUAUUAGGAAUAUUAUAAUGGAUAAUAAGGGGUGUGAAUUCAAUUUUCAUCAGGUUAAAGUCAGUGAGGUUGAGAGGUUACUACACUCUCUUCUGUACAACAAAGUAGCUGGUAUAGACAACCUGGAUAGUCAGUUCCUGAGAAUGACUGCUGGUAUCACAUCAGUGCCUGUUUGUCAUAUUUUUAAUAGAUGUUUACAAGUGAGCCUGCGUCCAGAGAUAUGGAAGGUGGCAAAAGUUACUCCUCUACAUAAGGAUACCAAAUUGGCUUUCAAUGAGGGCAAUUCUACACCAAUAAGCAUCUUACCUGAUUUAUGUAAAAUACUGGAGAAAUGUGAGUAUGCACAAAUUCCAGCUUAAAUGACAUGCCAUCAGCAUGCGACUGUGAAUUGUUCCUCUUUGCGGAUGACUCGGCCCUGCUGGUAUCCGGCAAGGACAAGUCACAGGUGGAACAAAUCCUCAGUGCUGAACUCCUUAGUAUUUGCACCUGGCUCGCUGACAACAAGCUAUCCAUACACUUAGGUCAAACGGAAUCCAUCCUAGUGACUUCACUAUAAAAGUGGGUGACAUGGUUAUCACCAGGAAAGAUGAGAUCACCAAGCUGGUUUCCAUUCUACAGGCUGAUCUUUCCUGUAAUAAAAUGGCAACCAAGGUAAUCAAAAAGGUCUACAAGAUUUCUCUACGGAAUCUCCCCUCUGGUCAACAAAAGCAACUUGAAGAUUCUAGUGGGAACUCUCAUUCAACCCUUUUUUGAUUACGCUUGCAUCUCCUGGUACCCCAGCACCUCCAAAAACCCUCAAAUCUAGACUCCAAACAUCCCAGAACAAGCUAGUCCGGUUACUUUUAGACCUCCACCCCAGAUCACACCUCACUCCUACCCACUUCUCCAAAGUGGGCUGGCUCAGGGUGGAGGACAGAGUAAAACAACUUGCACUGAGCCUAGUCUAUAAAAUCCGCUACACCUCCCUGGUACCAAAGUACAUGUCAAACUACUUCCUUGACGUACUGUAAAUGACCGCCAUAACCACAACACCAGUGGGAGCUCCACAAACCACAUUAAACUCAGAUUCCGAUCUAACAAAGGUCUUAACUCAUUCUCUUUAUAUGCCACAUCAACGUGGAAUGCCCUCCCAACAGGUGUAAAAGUAAGUGCAUCUCUAUCCUCCUUCAAAACCGCUGUAAAACAACACUUCCAGGCAACUUCAACCCUUUACUAACACCCUCCCCCCUUCACAUCCCAUCUCCCCUCAUUGUAAAUAACCAAAUGUAAAUAAUCGAAUGUAUUUCCAAUGUAUAUACUUGUUCUUAUGCUAUCUGAACUCACUAUGUCCUCUGCUGGCUGUACAUAUCCUACCUGCCAAGUCAGACCUACACUGUUUCAAUGUCCUUUUCUCUGAUGAUGCAAUUGUUGAUGACUGAAGUGCUGAUAUCAACCAAACCCUCCUCAUCCCACCCCCCAAAUUUUAAAUAAUGUAAAUAAUUCAAUGUAUAUACUUUGAUGAUUAACCUAUGUGAUGGCUGUAUUAUGUUGAUAGUAUAUAUUUGUACCAUGAAUUGAUUUACGUGGGCCCCGACUUAAGCAAGUUGAAAAACCUAUACGGGUGUUACCAUUUAGUGGUCAAUUGUACGGAAUAUGUACUGAACUGUGCAAUCUGCUAAUAAAAGUUUCAAUCAAUCAA